AUGGUUGACGCCGAUGAGGGAUCUCUGAAUCUUUAUCAAUCAAAUACGAAACCAAAGGUUUACUUCCUCGGAUUGAAUCCGGAUAUUCCUCAUGAGGUAAUCCGCAACGGUGCCGUAGCCGGAACCGCGGUGAAGGGGGCUGAUGGCAAACGGAACAAACUGAAAGGUACAGUGUACGUAAAUACAGAUGUAACAAUCAGAAACGGGUACGAAGAGAUGGAGGCGCUAAAGAAGCGGCUCGCUGAGACGAUAGCGAAUGCGAACGUGAAAACGGAGUCCUCAAAAGCGAUCGCCCUCGAAAUUAACAAGCAAUUGGAGAGAGCCCAUCAGCGCGAACUUAAGGAGCAGACGAGGAAUUUGGCGCUCCAGUUGGAGAACUUGAAGUUGCGUGCGCUGUUGGACACGAAGGCGAACUUGGUUAACAAGCUGAUGAGAGAGCUGUCGAGCGUGAGACGCGUGGUAAAGCACGUCGCAAGAGGCCUAGGAGAGUCGGCCCAGUCGCCCCAUCUCGCGAACAAUACCGACUUGGAAUAUGGGACGUUCAAAAAGGAACUGGAGGAGAGCUUUCUCGCCGCCGCCCUCGGAAAUGAUGGUGUCAUAUUCGACAGCACUAAUUCUGAAUAC